AUGUACACGCUGCUUAACGCGAAUUAUACAGUUACUUGCGCAGAGAUAUGCGAAGACUCCAGUCUUAUUGCCAUAGGCUUUUCCGAUUCAUCCAUCAAAGUGUGGUCUCUGUCGCAUAUCAAGUUGCGAGAGAUGAAAACAGCGGACAUCUUGAAGGAAAUCGAUCGCGAUGCCGACGAUGUGCUGAUACGGAAGCUGGAUGAUCGCAAGGCGGAAACGAGUCCGAUGUUAUACGGCCACAGUGGUCCCGUGUAUCGCACUGCAUCCUCGCCGGACCGCACCAUGCUUCGGUCAUGUUCGGAGGACAGGAGCAAAAGCAAUGCGACGAACAGCGUCAGUGCACCGAAGUGGAAAAGUUGGAAAAGAAUACAAAUCCAUUCCGGUUACGCUGUUUGGAACCUGAGAAACCACGAUUCUGGCGACGAGCUGACUGACGAAAAAACAGUACCGGAAGUUGGAUACACCCUAGAUACGCAGGAAAGUUUUAGUUUAGUUAGCAGUUUUGUUGUUGGAUGGGAAGGAUCUCAGGUCGUUGGACAGAGCGCCAUUCUAUACGUCUUAAAAUGCAAUGUGUGUUGCAACCACACAUUGGCACAAUUUCAGUUGCACAAAACAGUUCUUAACGGUACCAAAGCAAGGAUUUUGCACUGGCUGAAGAUGACUUGA